CCUAAAAAGCCGCAUUGCUCGCGUCACACUUCGCGCGCCAGCCAAAUCGUUCGUUUGUGAGCCGUUACAGCUGUGGGACAACGAUCCUGCCCACACUACAUUGUAGCCCACAGCCGACAGCACUAAAGAUGUCCCAGAUGGGCGGCGGCCUCCGCUGGCACGGCGUCUCGAAGACGGGCUCGACGGCGACGUCGCGCAUCAUGAACGCCGCGAAGGCCGAGCGCGAAAAGGCUAAUAGAUCUGCCCCAAAGGUCGGGUCCGCCUCCGUGACCGAUGGGGACGACUGGCUCGCCGUCGCUGCCGCCGAGAGGGCAGCGAGGGAAAGGACGGGCGCCACGGGCAACGCCUUCGCCGACGGCGCGUCGCUGGUGCGGGAGGCGAAGCGCCAAGCGACGGAGGACGACGACGAGUUCGCGAUUCCGGCCCAAUCUAAAAAGGCGCGCGUCGACGACGAGGCCGACGGCCCGCCGCCGACAGAGAAACCAACGGAGAAGGUGGAGCUCUCGCGGGAAGCGAAGCGCGAGGUCGAGCUGUCGAUCAUGGAGCUGCGGGACGAGCUCGAGGAGGAAGGGUUGGACGAGGACGCGAUCGACGCGCGGUGCGACGCUUUGCGAACGAAGCUCCUCGAGAAGGCCGCCGCCGACGCUGUAAAGUAGAAUAGAUAGUUUUUUUUUUACCCUCCGCUGC